GGCGAAAGGUAGUGUUCGAAAAAAAUAUAUUCUGUUACGGGUACGUUGAGCGUAAAAUAUAAAAAUUAGUGAAUAUGUGCGAAUGUAUGAAAAUAUAUAAGCAUUGCAUUUUACGACAUUAAAUCAAAGGCAGAAAUAAAUGUGCAUUGUUUAUAUGUUGCAAUAUCGGUAGCCGUGAAGCUCGCGCGAAGUUAGUGCAAAUAUUUUGAAUAUAUAUUUCUUAAAGCGCGGAAAUUCAAAAUUGAGUAAACUGCAUUUCCUACAGACGAAAACACGAUAAGCAAUAAUUAUAGUGCAUGAAAUUUUGAAUAAUGAAAGCAAAUUAUUGAAACUGCGUGCAUUAAAACACAUUAGCCAAAUUCGUUUAUAGCUACAAAGUCAGUAGGCAGAAUUUCAAAAUAGGAAGUAGUCAAGAAACUAAGUGAGAAAAUAAAUAAAAGCCUAUAAAUAACUUUUUUUUCACAACCAAAUAAAAAACUAAGCCAGUGGGAAAGUGGUGAAGAAAAGUAAGAAACGUAACAGCUCAACAAGUGCAAGAAACCGCAAACAGUCGCCCACCUUAUGCACGCUGCACUACCGCGUGUAUGUCUCGUCGUUUGCGUGCCGCGCAUGUGCAGUGCUUUGUUCAGUUAUUUUUGCCUCUUAGAAAUACAUAUGUAUUUCUGCAACAAAAAGUUUUAACCGUACACCGUGCCAAUUUUUUACUAUUUACGCGCGUUUUGUUUUCUGUAUUUUAUUAAGCAACAUCUCUACACUUUUGGGUGCGUUAAGUGUGUUUUUCUUUGAAUUACUGUGAGUAAUGGCGAGAAAACAUAAUAACAACACAACGAUAGAGAUGCUGAAAAGUGAAAUUUUCAGUCUAUGGCAGCUAGCAUUUGCCUCUUUCCUUGCCUUGCAGCUGCUCGCCGGCACCGCUGAAGCCUUUACUAUACUCUCGCCAUUCAGUUACACAUCUUUGAGCUUUAAGAAUCUGUUAAAUUCAGUGUUUUUAGCCAGUAAUGCGAAUUUGGCGGGUGGUGGGCGAAAUCUAAAAUCAGAUAUACUUGAGGAUGCGUCAUUGAUAACGCCGAAAUUGAUACGCAAGUACGGUUACCCAUCGGAGACACAUACAGUGGUCACAAAAGAUGGCUAUAUUCUGGAGAUGCAUCGCAUACCAAAACGUGGCGCCCAGCCAGUGCUUCUGAUGCAUGGCAUAUUGGACACAUCGGCCACAUGGGUGCUGAUGGGACCAAAAUCGGGGUUGGGUUACAUGCUAUCGGAUCUCGGUUACGACAUAUGGAUGGGCAAUGCGCGUGGCAAUCGAUAUUCGAAGAAUCACACGAGCCUUAAUAGCGAUUACCAGGAAUUCUGGGAUUUCACUUUUCACGAAAUGGGCAAAUAUGAUUUACCGGCAAACAUUGAUUAUAUCCUCAGCAAAACAGGUUACGAACAGCUGCACUACAUAGGACACUCGCAGGGCACUGCAGUCUUUUGGGUUCUGUGUUCCGAGCAGCCUUCCUAUACACAAAAAAUACUAUCGAUGCACGCUCUAGCUCCCAUAGCGUUCAUUUCUGAUAUGAAGAGUCCACUUUUUCGAACAUUGGUUGUGUUUUUAGAUUUUUUAACGGCGGCGACACGCAUGCUACGCAUUACUGAAUUUAUGCCCAAUACAAAAUUGUUCGUAGAUCACACCCAAGUGGUUUGCCACGACAACGCAAUGACGCAGGACGUCUGUUCAAAUAUCUUGUUCCUGGUGGCCGGCUACAAUUCGGAGCAAUUGAAUAAGACAAUGCUACCAGUCAUGUUGAGUCAUACACCUUCAGGGGCAUCAAUUAAACAACUCGAACACUUCGGGCAGUUAAUGAAAUCGGGGAAUUUUCGCCAAUUCGAUCGUGGCUUUUUGCGCAAUCAACUCCAAUACAAUCGUAUGACACCGCCCGAUUAUGAUCUGUCCAAGGUGAAGGUGCCGGUGGCACUUUACUAUUCGAUGAACGAUAUGUUGGUAUCGACGACGGGUGUCGAUCGUUUGGCACGCGAGUUGCCCGAUGUGAUUGACAAAUACUUGGUGCCCAUGGAGAAGUUCAAUCAUUUGGACUUUUUAUGGGCGAUCGAUGUCAAGUCACUAGUGUACAAUCGCCUCGUAAGGAAUAUUAGACGCGUGGAGAAUUACAAGCAAAAGCAAACGCUACAAAUUAAUGCGAGCAUACAUCAGUUUAGUACACAUCUACACCAACAACAUUUACAAGUAUUACAUCAACGACAAUAUCGGCAACAGCAGAAACAAUUGCGAGAACAGCAAGAAAUGGAAAAUCAACAACUAAAAAAAAGCGGAAACACACGCUCCGGCACAAAUCGAAAUUUCCAUACAAUUUCGAAUACGAACCUAAAUUUAAACACAAUUGGCAGCGCAGGUCAGCCUAUAAAUGGACACUUACUUCCACAUGGAGGGAUCGUAUAUUCGACUUAUGCUUCAAUUUUGCCGAAACUCUUGCCGGCAACAGCUACAGCGCCGUCUAUAAAACCAACACUGCCAAUACCGACAACGCUGUCAAUCGUCAACACGAACUCGAAUCAAGAUUUAUCUGUGAUAGACACGGAUAUACAUCCAGUUUAUAAGCCAAGUGUGAAUGAGCAGAAAACUAUGGAUAAAGAAAGUCUUUCAAAUUCUAAUAUACCGUUAGAUUUCAUGCCAGUUUUGUUCUCGAAUACAGAGUCCAAUAUGGAGGACAUGAGCACGAAUGCGCCACCAUCCGACUUCUCGGAAACGACGGAAAAAGUUGUAGAAGGGAGUGCGUGAAACACACUACAAUUGUAGUUAGUUUUUAUUCAAAUCUAGUUAACUAAUAAUGUUUUUUACGUAAUUUUUAAAAUUUCGCUGGAUGAUUCACAGAGGAAACAGUCUUAUUUUGGUUCAUCCUUAUUUGCAUAUAAUUUGUAUUCAUUCUUAAAUUAUUUUCUAAAUAAUAAUAUUACUACAUAUUGUUUUGUUAAUAUUUUGGGAAGACUUUAGUAAACCGUCCCAGGAUUUCGGGAAUAAAGUGGGUAUGGUCGGAUAGAGGAGAUUCUCCAGAUUAAGAAGAUUUAUAGUUAUAGCCGCAGGAAGCUGAUUAUUUCACAGUUUGUGUUUCUUUCGUUAUUGUUAGGUAAAUAAAUUUUAACAAUAAGUUAAAUAUUGAAUUGAAAAUGUGUUUGAACUAUAUAAUGUAAAAUAAAUGUGUACAAACGAAUUAGUGAAGUACUAGUGGAUAUAAAAGUGAAAAAUAUAAGUGCAAAAUUAAUUUUAUAUCGUGAAAAUACGUAAUUAAACUUGUGGUAAUUUUAAACUUCAAACGUGAAUAUCUCGAAAACUAUAAGCUUCCUGCGGCUAUAACUAUAUAUAUUCUUGAUCUGGAGAAUCUCCUCUAUCCGACCAUACCCAUUUUAUUCCCGAAAUCCUGGUACGGUAUACUAAAGCCGACCCAAUAUUUUUUUCAAUUAUGUACUUAUAUAUUUUUUACUUAUUCUUAAAAUUUAGUUGACAGAAUUAUAUUUUUGUUAUUCAUUUCAUUUUGAUUUUUUCGUUGAGUUUUUUACUCUGAAAAUGUGCUAAAUUUUGGAUGAAAAAUACAUCAGAAACUUGAUUCUUUCAUUGUUUUACUCUGUCAGUACGUUUAUAUUAGAAUAAGUACGCAUAUAGGCAUAUUAUUUUAUUUAUAAGUCGAAUAGAAUAUUAGAUUUUAAAUAUAAACCGCAAUUAUUGACUGUGAUGACAAACGAAUAAAAGUAUCUUCUGAUGGCGAUUAAUUAGUGCAUGAUUUGUACAAAAAUAUAAUUAAGCAUAUACCUGUAUCUAACAAAGCAUUCGAAUGCUAUAUAAGUAACUACUAUCCAUAUAUGUAUAAACAUUUAUAGAAACAAAUUCCUGUGUAACAGCGAGCGUGCUGAAAUAAUAAUAAUGGCUUCGUUUUAAAUAUCACGUAACAAUUCCUACGUAUAAAUACAUAGUUUAUUCAUACAAGUCUAAUAUUUGGCAAGGUAAAGCUAAUGUGCUCACUACUAUUUUCUUCCGCAAAUUUAUGCUUCCUUCUUUUCAAUACCAGACACUUCCCUCUUAUUGGCUGUGGUGCUUAAUUUUUCUGUUCAACAAAAAUUCAUUUGCUUCUUAUUUAAUGCAGCUUUUAAUUUCUGCACAAUUUAUAUUCCUGCUAUGUUUAAUUUUGAUUCCAUACACAAGUUGGCGUCUCUGUCCAUAUUUUCCAUUUCGUUUUGCGCUAUUGUGCUUUCAAACUUGUCAAUAUUUUUACACUAAUACAUACACUAAUUUUCGUCAGCUCAUUUAUCUGUCCCUGCAACGUUAACUUCACCGUGAUGCCUGACAUUCAGAGGCAGUUAUAUUGUGAUUGGGUAGAAUAUCCCUAAAUCGCAAAAUUGCCCUGCCUAUACCAAAUACCGCUUUUCAGCAUAUGUAUACAUAUAUACGUAUUUAUGUAUCUAAUAUCAUACAUUUUUUGAACAUUCCUAUCAUUCACCGCUUAGAAGUUGGGAAAAGUAGACUGCUAAACCCUGACCAGUUCCACAGUGAGGCAAUUGUCAAAUUUCAGUAUAGGCACCAACAUAAAUAUGGCUACUUGGUACAAAUACUUCUUACAAAUUGCGAGAGUAUACAUGUUCAACGACACUCUGUCUUACCCCUAACUUAGUAUUUUUAACUAGUUUAGUUUGUAAAUAUACAUAUAUGUACAUACAUAAAUAAUAUUACUUUUAUUCUUUAUAUUUCUUUUUUGUAUAUUCUUAUAAUCAAUAAAAUUUCUCAAUAUAUGGAUAAUUUUUAUUUGCAAUGCGUAUAA